GCACAGCACGCGGCGCAGACGGCAGCUGCGGCACCCCAUCAGCCAUCGCCCAUCGCCCACUCUCGCUUGCCGAAAAAUCCAAAUCCACCGCACACAUAAAACCCUAGACGCCGGCGCCCAGCGCCGCAGCAUCCCUCCACCGCCGCCACCGCGUGCUCCCGUCGACCCUCGCCUCGCGGGAUGGAGCACGACGCGCAUGCCGAGGCCCCGCCGCACGCCGUUCUUCCGCCCGAGGACGCCACCGUCGACGAUUGGGCGCGCGAAGAUGCGGAGCCCAUGCCCGUGGACUCCGCCGCUAAUGCCCCGCCCGAGCCCGCGGCUGAAGGUGUCAAGGAAAUUGAGUCAUCACUUCAGUCUUUGGAGCUUAAGGCUAAUGUUACUGCACAAGAAGAUGCUCAUGAGGUUGAAGAUGAGGUAGAGGAAACGAAACGGCACUUGAAUGUGGUUUUCAUUGGUCAUGUUGAUGCGGGGAAAUCAACUGCUGGAGGACAGAUAUUGUUUUUGAGUGGUCAAGUUGAUGAUAGGACCAUCCAGAAAUAUGAGAAGGAAGCAAAGGAUAAAAGUCGAGAAAGCUGGUACAUGGCUUACAUUAUGGACACAAAUGAGGAAGAACGGGUUAAGGGAAAGACUGUUGAAGUCGGCAGAGCCCACUUCGAGACGGAACACACAAGAUUCACUAUUUUAGAUGCACCGGGUCACAAAAGUUAUGUUCCAAAUAUGAUAAGUGGUGCUUCUCAAGCUGACAUUGGUGUUCUGGUUAUUUCUGCUCGAAAAGGUGAAUUUGAAACUGGUUAUGAAAAAGGAGGACAGACCCGUGAGCAUGUACUACUUGCAAAAACUUUAGGUGUUGCUAAGCUGGUAGUUGUAAUAAAUAAGAUGGAUGACCCUACUGUUAAAUGGUCCAAGGAAAGAUAUGAUGAGAUUGAAGCAAAAAUGGUUCCUUUCCUCAAAUCUUCAGGGUACAAUGUUAAGAAAGAUGUCCAAUUCUUGCCAAUAUCUGGUCUUUUGGGAAGCAAUAUGAAGACCAGGAUGGAUAAAAGCAUUUGUAAUUGGUGGGAUGGCCCAUGUCUUUUUGAAGUUCUGGAUCGCAUCGAAGUUCCUUUACGUGACCCCAAAGGUCCAGUAAGGAUGCCAAUAAUUGAUAAAUAUAAAGAUAUGGGCACUGUUGUAAUGGGAAAAAUGGAGUCGGGCACGAUCAGAGAGGGUGACAGUUUGUUGGUUAUGCCAAACAAGUCCCAUGUGAAAGUAAUUGGUAUAAGCCUUGAUGAGAGCAAAGUGCGUCGUGCUGGACCAGCUGAGAAUGUUCGUGUCAAGUUGUCAGGAAUUGAAGAAGAGGAUAUAAUGGCUGGUUUUGUACUUUCAAGUGUUGCUAAUCCGGUUGGUGCUGUUACUGAAUUCAACGCUCAGUUGCAGAUUCUAGAGUUGCUUGACAAUGCUAUUUUCACUGCGGGCUACAAAGCUGUAUUGCAUAUCCAUUCUGUUGUUGAGGAGUGUGAGAUUGUUGAGCUCAUAGAGGAAAUCGACAUGAAGAAAAAGAAAGAAGCAGAUCCAAAGAGGAAGAAACCAAAGAGGAAGCCUCUUUUCGUGAAGAAUGGUGCUGUUGUUGUUUGCUGCAUUCAGGUGAAUAACUUGAUAUGCAUAGAGAAAUUCUCUGAUUUUCCUCAGCUUGGAAGGUUUACACUUCGAACUGAAGGAAAGACAGUAGCUGUAGGCAAAGUUGUCGAAGUUCCUCCUGCUGGCAGCCCAACAUUCUGAGCUUAAGCCAAUUUUGAACAGGAUGGAUAACCAUGAAGCAGUGCGAUCUCUUAAGAUACCUUUUUGGGAGAAGCGGAAUUGGUUGUUGAGCAUAGAUUUUUUCCCCCCAGCCGGGCUUGAAAAUCGUCUAUGAUUUAGGCCUAGCAGAGUCUACAUUUAGAUGGGUUGCAUAAUUUUACAUCUCUGGUUACAUGUAAGGUUGUAAAAUCAGUAUGGAUGGGUAUAUCUAACUUCUGUUUUGUAGUGUCAAAUUGUGAUGGUAUCUGUGCUUAAAAUGUUGUGACUACCAUGUUUUCGUGUGAAGUUAAAUCAAAUUGUGGUGGUAUCCGUCCAAUGAA